CUUCGACCUCAUUUCUCCGUCUCGCCACCACUCCUCGUACCCUCGCCAUCAUGUCGUCGUCAACGCUCAGCAGGUCAAUUCUGCGAACGGCAGCACUGGCAUCGCGAUCAGCAGCAGGCAGCAGCAGCAGCGUCGCCCCUAGGGUGCUUGCCGCCUCCUCGUCUUCUUCAUCACGCAUCCUCUCAUCGCUGCCUCCCUUUGCGGCUGGCGCUUCUCACUUCUCGUCCUCAGCUCUUUCUCGCGCUGUAGAGCGACCGAUGACGGGGCCUACGCACAUUUCGCCACGCAAGCCGGCAGACGCCGACCAGACGUCAAUGACGGGGACCCUGGACCAUCAGGCAGCGGAGGCUCUUAGGGCCAAGACGGACGGGCAGGCAGUAUACCCAGACUACUCGAAGGGGCCAAGCGCUAUCGACAAGGCAGCGAAACUCUUCUUUUUCACGGAGAUUCUGAGGGGCAUGUGGAUCGUCCUUGAAAACUUCUUCCGCCCUCCCUACACCAUCAUGUACCCCUACGAGAAGGGACCGCUCUCUCCCCGCUUCCGUGGCGAGCACGCUCUUCGUCGUUACGCCUCAGGAGAGGAGCGCUGCAUCGCCUGCAAGCUGUGCGAGGCCAUCUGCCCCGCUCAGGCCAUCACCAUCGAGUCGGAGCCCCGCGAGGACGGAGCUCGCCGCACGACGCGCUACGACAUCGACAUGACCAAGUGCAUCUACUGUGGAUUCUGUCAGGAGGCUUGCCCUGUUGACGCCAUUGUUGAGACGCAGAACACCGACUACUCGACCGAGUGGAGGGAGGAGCUCCUUUACAACAAGGAGAAGCUGCUCGCAAACGGCGACAAGGCUGAGGCCGAGUACGCCGCUAACCUGCAGGCCGACCACCUCUACCGCUAAUCGUGCGGGGACAAUAGCAGCGACUGCUGGUGGUGGCGUAGGCUGGCUAAAGCUCGAGUUACGCGCAGUGAGGGCGCAAUGACGAUGGACAGGAGUGUAGCGAGGGGCGCGGGUGACCUCUGCGUCGGGCACUCUGUUCGUCUUGAGGUUUUUGAACCAGGAAUAUCAUACACCCUCUUUGAUCCCAAAAUGCACGCUGCAGACGAGUCUGGCGAUGGCAAAGCGUGAUCAGAUGUGGCGAACAGCCGGGAGAACAUUGCACGAUUUGGUAUUGCUUCCUUGUUAGGCCAAC